AUGACCAACUGUGUCCCAACAUGAGCAUCAGAUGAGCUGGACAUUUAUAUGCACUGGAAACUUUGAAUUUAUUUUUUUAUUACAAAGCCAAUUUCUCUCAGGUUGAAGUGUGUCUGUGGAUCCAGCGGAGGAAGUUAAAAUGUCUAUUCACUUGUAUCAAAUGAGCAGUAAACUGCUCGGGGACACUUUGGGGAAAAUGAACGACAACCUGACCUCCGUAGUUUUGGCAGCCUCUGUCAUCACUCUCACUCUGGGAUAUAUUUCUAAGCUGCUGCUCAAACAGAGCCCUGACAAAGAUCUGAAGUAUCCACCCUUCAUCCCCUCCAGCAUCCCCUUCCUGGGCCAUGCCAUUGCAUUUGGGAAAAGUCCCAUUGAAUUUCUUGAAAAUGCAUAUGAAAAAUACGGCCCUGUGUUCAGUUUCACCAUGGUGGGCAGUACAUUCACCUACCUGCUUGGCAGCGAAGCUGCCACGCUGAUGUUCAACAGCAAGAAUGAGGAUCUGAAUGCAGAGGACGUCUACUCCAGACUGACCACUCCGGUGUUUGGCAAAGGAGUAGCCUAUGAUGUGCCGAAUCCUAUCUUUUUGGAACAAAAGAAGAUGUUGAAGACCGGACUGAAUAUUGCUCGUUUUAGGGAACACGUAAAAAUCAUCGAAGCCGAGACUAUCGAGUAUUUUCAGAGAUGGGGAGACAGCGGGGAGAAAAACCUGUUUGAGGCUCUGUCUGAGCUGAUCAUCCUGACGGCCAGCAGCUGCCUUCAUGGGAAGGAAAUCCGCAGCAUGCUGAAUGAGCGAGUGGCCCAGCUCUACGCCGACCUGGACGGAGGAUUCAGUCACGCUGCCUGGCUUCUGCCCGGCUGGCUGCCCCUGCCCAGCUUCAGGAAAAGGGACAGAGCUCACACAGAGAUCAAGAACAUCUUCUUCAAGGUGAUUCAGAAGCGCCGGCAGUCUGGAGAGAAAGUGGACGACAUCCUGCAGACGCUCGUCGAUGCCACCUACAAAGACGGACGACCCCUGAACGAUAAUGAGAUUGCAGGGAUGCUGAUUGGUCUCCUCUUGGCGGGUCAGCACACGUCCUCCACCACCAGCGCCUGGAUGGGUUUCUUCAUGGCCAGAGACAAAGCUCUGCAGGAGCGCUGCUAUGCCGAGCAGAGGGCUGUGUGUGGAGAAGAGCUGCCUCCACUUGACUUUGAUCAGCUGAAAGAUCUCAGCUUGUUGGAACGCUGCUUGAAGGAAACCCUGCGUCUCCGCCCACCCAUCAUGACCAUGAUGAGGAUGGCUCGCUCCCCUCAGACUGCAGCAGGAUACACCAUCCCUGUGGGGCACCAGGUCUGCGUCUCUCCGACUGUCAACCACCGUCUGCGCGACACCUGGGUGGAGAGGAUGGAGUUCAACCCUGACCGCUACCUCAACGACAACCCCGCUGCAGGGGAGAAGUUCGCCUACGUGCCAUUUGGAGCUGGCCGCCAUCGCUGCAUUGGAGAGAACUUCGCCUACGUCCAGAUCAAAACCAUCUGGUCCACUUUACUGCGCAUGUACGACUUUGACUUGGUGGAUGGAUAUUUCCCCACAAUCAACUACACCACAAUGAUUCACACCCCUCACAACCCCGUCAUCCGAUACAAGAGGAGGAAACAAUGAGAGGAGCGCAGCAGAGACAGGAGGAAACAGUCCAACAUCCUAAGUGUGUGAAGCGAACCUGUAACUUCCUGGGACUUGAAUUUAGGAACAUUUACAUGAACGCACUUUGAUUUGCCUGAAUGUCCAGCUGUUUAGUUUUUGUGCUUCUUUCAGCCCUUUCUUUCUUCUGUCAGUAAUAACAUCAGCAUUUUUUGGACUUGUGUUUGCAGAGAUUUUCACACUGACUGUUUUACUCUGACUUCAACACAGAUUCUAAUGUUCACAAUGUGAAUUCUUAAAAACAGAAAUGCUCAGUUAACACAGUGCCUCGAUGGAGGAGAAAGGCUUGUGGCCUUUGCAUGUUUUAUUCAGUGGCUAACUGCAAGCAGAGGCUCUUACUUUAGACCAUAUUACAGAUUUGGGUGGGAGGAGGAAAUGAAACUGCAGCCUUUAUUGCAUUAAGAAACAAAAAUGGUGCCGCCAUGACAUGCAGAUCUGCAAGCAUGACCACAGUAUAUGUCUGGAUAUGUUUCCCAAACUAUUAGAAUUAUGUCAAAAUAUGGCUGUGCUGUGCCGAAACCU